AACCACAACAACGGUCAACAACAACUAUCCCAAGCCUUGGAUACCACCAUCCAUCAACAAUCGAAACCCGUCACCGAUCCAGAAUUCUUUGGCGCACUCUCCGACACACAACUCGUACAAGCGGCGGCCACGGCCAAAAUCAUUCCACGACAAGUACAGAUUGUCAUGGAACUCUACAAAUUGCAGCAACUCCAAGAGUACCUACACUUUACAACCAACAACAGUGCCAGCCACAAACAAGAACUCGAAAAACGAUUCCGGUUAAUGGUCAAGAAACGACUCAACAAGGAACAUCGAGAAGAUUUGAGCAGAUUUCGAACCAAGGCAGAAAAACAAGCCUUUCUAGAACAGGAAUUCCAAAAGUGUCUUGCGGGCUACAACGAAAUCCUGGCUCCCAAAAACAACAACCAAAAGAAGACGUCGUAG